GCAGUGCGCGCGGCCGCCGCCGGGGGCGCUCUCGAGUAUAUAUUCUCCUCCAUGGUUUCUGCUCUCAGAGUAACUUCGCUGGCUUCAGAUCAUUAUACAGUCCCUUAUUCUCCACAUCUUUACACAGUUUGGGCUGAACAGAAAUCCCUGAAAACAAAGAGUCGAACUCCUGAGGCGCGAUAUGGACAUGAAGAAGAGGAUUCACCUGGAGCUGAGGAACAGGACCCCAUCUGAUGUCCGAGAACUGGUGCUUGAUAACUGCAGAUCAAAUGAAGGGAAGAUCGAAGGCCUCACAGCAGAGUUUGUUAAUCUUGAGUUUCUAAGUUUGAUAAACGUGGGUCUCCUCUCGGUCUCGAAUCUCCCCAAGCUCGGAAAACUGAAGAAGUUGGAGCUCAGUGACAACAGGAUCUCUGGAAAUCUUGAUGUUUUAGCUGAGAAACUCCCGAGUCUCACACAUCUAAACCUGAGCGGCAACAAACUGAAAGACAUCAGCACGCUGGAGCCCUUGAAGAAACUCGACCAUUUGAAGAGCCUCGACCUUUUCAACUGUGAAGUCACAAACUUGAACGAUUACCGGGAAAGUGUCUUCCGGCUCCUGCCGCAGCUCACGUAUCUGGACGGCUACGACACGGACGACCGCGAGGCCUCGGACUCCGACGGAGAUGCAGACGGAGUCGAGGAUGACGAGGAUGAAGAUGGAGAAGAGGAUGGAGAGGAGGAGGAGGAGGAAGAUGAUGAUGAAGAUGAGGUUGAAUGCGAGGAUGAUGUGGAAGACAGUGCAGAGGAUGAGGAUGAAGAUGAUGAUGAUGAUGACGAUGAUGAUGAUGAUGAUGAAGAAGAAGAGCAGGGAGAAAAGAGUGAGAAGAGGAAACGAGAGCCGGAUGAUGAAGAUGACGAUGAGGAUGAUUAAGAGCCGAUCUUUCCAUCCUCUGGUCUGUCCCGUGACCCCUGACCCCAGCGUUCAGCUCUGUUCUGGAUCUUCCUCACGCUCGAGUGGCAGGACCUGUGGGGACUUUGGGGACUGGGGUUUAGUUUUGGGUCUGUGCUUUUAAUAUUCUGUUGAAAGUGUUUUUUCUGUUGUUUUUUUUGGUUGAUAUCCUCCCCCUUUAGUUUUUGUUCCAAGUGUCCCGGGAAGAUUGCUCUGGGGUGUGUGUGCAUCACUUCAGCGUGUGCCUGAGGCACCAAUCAACGUCCUAGAUACAUUUUUACUUUCUGUAAGACAAAAACUUUGUAAAUAAAAUAACAUUUUGUGCUUUG